CGGGAGGAGAGGAGGCCGUGGGAGCGGGAGGCAGCCCAUCCGCCGUGGGCAGGCUCUGCCCGGAGCCCGGGGCUGGUGGGGAGCACCAGGGGGGAUGCCCUAAGGGAGGAAAGGCAUCGCCAGGAGGGAGCAGACUUGCCCCAGAGCCAUCCCUGGCAUCUCGCAGGGCCCUGCCACAGCAUGGAGGGGCUUCGGGCACUGGGUGUCCUGCUGCUGUCCUGCCUCCUGCUGCCCUCACCCGCGGGCACCCAGACCAGCCCCAGCCCCAACCCUGACCAGCGUUUGGUGACAGACCCCGAGGAGGCACCAUCCCAUCACCACGCAGCCAGUGCCACGCGGGAGCAGAAGCCCGACGGUGCCCAGGAGGGGCUGCCCCCCCGGCCCCGCUGCGUCCGCUGCUGUGAGCCGCCCGACCAGCACUUCUCCUACCCCCGGUACCAGCCCCUGCCCCAGAUCAACAUGACCAUCCUGAAAGGAGAAAAGGGGGACCGCGGCGAGCGAGGCAUGCAGGGCAAGUACGGCAAGACAGGGGUGGCCGGCAGCAGGGGCCACGCGGGUCCCAAGGGCCAGAAGGGCAGCGUGGGCGCCCCGGGGGAGCGCUGCAAGAGCCACUACGCCGCCUUCUCGGUGGGCCGCAAGAAACCCCUGCACAGCAACGACUACUACCAGCCCCUCAUCUUCGACACGGAGUUCGUCAACCUCUACGACCACUUCAACAUGUUCACGGGCAAGUUCUACUGCUACGUCCCCGGGAUCUACUACUUCAGCCUCAACGUGCACACCUGGAACCAGAAGGAGACGUACCUGCACAUCAUGCGUAACGGGGCGGAGGUGGUGAUCCUCUACGCCCAGGUGAGCGACCGCAGCAUCAUGCAGAGCCAGAGCGUGAUGCUGGAGCUGCAGGAGCAGGACGAGGUCUGGGUGCGACUCUACAAGGGCGAGCGUGAAAACGCCGUCUUCAGCGAUGAGUACGACACCUACAUCACCUUCAGCGGCCACCUCAUCAAGUACAGCGGGGACCCCUGAGCUCCCCCUCCCCGGGGGCGGGUGUCCGAGGAGCCGCUGCCACCCCCUUGCCCAGGGCAUGCCCCCCGCCAUCAAGCUGUUUGCCCUGCCAUGUGCCACCACCUCCAGCAGCCACACGUGUGUGAACACCCCCAGCUCCUCAAGGUCGAUUGGAUGCAUCAGGAGGAGCCAGAGCCAUUCCCAGCCUCUGCUGCAUUUGUGACCCGGGCAGCAGCUGCUUUCCUGGGAUGGGCAAGGAUCUUGUCCCCACCUGCAACUACUCCAGGGCUGGGUUUGCUGGGAACCAGGCGUUGGUGGCACUGGCUGUGAGCUGGCACCAGCUGAACAGGCUUGAUGGCUGGUGCAUGGCAGCACAGACAUGUGCACCCUCCCUUGCCCCACUCACACCCUGAUGUGCUCUGCAGCCUCCUUCUCCUGGAAAAGGAGAGAGGGUGCCCAGCACCCAGCAGGAAAGGCGAUAAAACCACUAAGGGCCCCUCUUUCCUUCCACGGGAGCCGGGUCCCAACGACACGGAUGUUGCAGCAUGUCACCGGGUACCCGCUGGGCUCACACUUCCCCCAGCGUGGCCACAAGGGAGCACGUUGCAUCAGUUCCCCCCCCCCGCCACAAGUCCCCGUCACCGUUAUCCCCACCACAGCCCCUGCUCGGUGCCAACGCUGCCGAGGAGGGGCUGGCUCCCUGCUGGCAGCCCUGGGCACGGGGCCUUCGGCCUCAGCCACUUCCUCCUCAGUUAGAUUAUCUGCUGGCCAGGCUUUGUAUUUUUGUAGAAGCACUAGCAGAGCGGGGCCCGGGGGCAGUGUGCUGUCCCCUCCCCCACUCUCUGUACAGCUUGUCACCAUAUUAAACACCCCACAACUUUGAGAACUA